AUGGCUCAUCGGUACGACGAUCAACAGCAAAGUCAACAGCUGUUGACCAUCGUAGACCGAGGUACUCCAGAACAACUUUUUGCAUUUUUACAAAAAUUUCAUCGAAAACCUUUUCAAAAUUUGACUGAUGUUAUUCAAUAUAAGAGUGUUAUUGAUGAUCAAAUUGAUUUUAUUAAUUGUACAGGUACAAAAUAUAGUGUUACACCAUUGAUGAUUGCAACUGGAAAAGGUUCAUAUGAAAAAGUAAAAAUUCUUCUUGUUCAUGGUGCAGAUCCAAAUAGACAAUGCGCAACAGGUGAUACAGCAACAAAUUUAGCCGUUCAUCGUCAAAAAUAUCUUAUUGUUGAGUUACUUCUUCAAUAUCAUGCUAAUCCAAAUGUAUACAAUCAAUCGGGUAAAACAGCAUUACAUCGUGCUGUUAUGUCAUAUAGUGAUGAAAAUGCUUAUCAUAUUCGAACAUUACUUGAUGCUGGAGCUGAUCCAAAUAUUGAAGAUCGAAAUCAACGAAUGCCACUCGAUGAAGCUGUUAUUGCCAAUAAGCCUGGAAUGGUUGAUAUUUUACUUUCUUAUAAUCGAACUGCAGUCAAACGUGCUUAUCGAGCAGCUAUAAUUGCUUCUCGUCUUGGUCACGAUAAAUGUUUGGAAAUAUUACUUAAUUAUGGUAUGGAUCCAAAUAUAACUGAUCGAACAAAUGUUACACCACUUCAUGUGGCAAUUCGUUCAUUAAGAUUAUCGACAGUUCGUCUUUUGGUUGCACAUGGUGCUGAUCAAAAUAUAGCAAAUAAUCGAGGUGAAACAGCCUUUGCUAUAGCUGAACAUUUACAAUCAAAUCAGCAACAAAAUUUUAUGGAUGCUCUUAUUCGAAAUGCUGUUUCACAUAUAUGUCCAUUACUUCGAAGUCAUCCAAAUUGGACAUUAGAUAGUGACAAAUUUCGAAGCGUGACAGCUGAAGAUUCAUCUGUACAAAAUUUACUUGACAUGUCGAAUGAUACAUAUUGGCAUUGUACAGAAUCUAAAAAUGCAUGGAUUAUUUUUGAUUUAAAACAUGAAUAUAAUAUAACUGGCAUGAGAAUAAUUGGAUGUGAAAAUCAAUCGGCACCAAGAAUUGGUCAUCUUGAUGUGUCAAAUGCUUUCAAUGGUCCUUGGUUUAAAAUUAUAGAUUUUACUUGUGUAUUAUGUCAGGGAAAUAAAAAUGAUUUCUUUUUUUCGCCAAUAACAACUCGUUAUAUUCGAGUUUCUAUUUCGGAUAAUUAUGGUGGUGUGGAUAUUCGAAUACAAUUUAUUGGCUUUUUUGGUGUUGAUAUGCGUUUAGUUGAUUUACUUCGACAAUAUCAAUUAGAGAAAAGUCUUAACACACUUUUAGCUAAUGCAAGAAAUUAA